CGCGCCUGAGGACAGGCGCUUGGGCUUCUUCGUCCCCACCACCACUCCUUCCUCUUUAUCUUCCUUCUCGUUUACUCCCCUAUUCUCUCUCUCUAUCUCUCUCUCAAAAGCAAGGCGCAGCGAACACUUGCAUUCAGCUCGCGUUUGAGAUCUCUGUGUGCAGGCAGUGUUGCGAAGGGAGGAAAGUCAGUUCGGGCGGAAUGCUUCAGAUUCACGCUGAUUCGGCUGUUGGUGACUAGUGGCUGCUAAUUCGUGACUGUUAGGGCUUGGCUCUGUGUAGAUCUGAUCUUCAAACGGUUUUUGUUGUUGCAAGAUAACCUGGUUGGUUGACAUGGAGAGUGAAAUUGAUAAUGAUGCGGUACUUGAUUAUGCUGAAAUUCACUUAUUCCCAAGUCAUGGCAGGUAUGAGACAUCUGUAUGCAGUGGCAAUAAAGUAGAAACGGUGGCAUCUGGCCUUUUGGGAGAGCUGGUUCCACAGCUACCUAAACUAAAAGAUUUGGUUUCAAGAGGAUCCAACACCAGUUUCAGAUUUCAACAGCCUAAAGAUUUUGAUCAUUCCCAUUGGUUCACAAAAUCGACAUUAACAAGAUUUUUACAAAUUGUUGGUUCACCUGACAUCCUAAACACCACCAAUGCCAUGGCAAACGAAAUAAAUCAACUGGAGGAAGCGAGAACGUUUCACCUUUCUUUGUACACCAAGGGUCAUCAAGAUCAUUCUGGAGAUAAAGAAACAGACAGCAGCAAAAUCAAUGAUGUGGGCCCGGAGGAUGGAGAAAUUGUGACAUCAGAUGCAUCAAAGAACGAAUUGCUGCGAGCAAUGGAUUUGAGAUUAACAGCAUUGAGAGGAGAACUGACUUCUGCUUUCAACCAGGCUGCUGGAGCCACAUGCUCUUUAAAGCAUAUCUCUGAUAUGGAAAAGCUUUCUCAACAUUUUGGAGCCAUAGAUCUGAGGAAUACGUUGCAUAAGCUUGCAGAACUAAGCCAAAUGGACCAGACACUUGGUUUGCCAAGUGAUAAAAAGUCCUCUUCCCCAAUUGAUUCAAGAAAUGACAGGGCCAAUAAGAGAGAGGGAAAUAACCAGACACAAAAACCAUUACAUUCUGAUACACCAGUAAAGUAUGGUGUCUCCCCUGCAAAAGUUGCCCAGGUUGAGCGUCAAAGUUCCACAGAAAGCGAGGAAUCUUCUUAUUCUAGUGAGGAAGAUCAGCAGGCUAUGGAAAGAAGUCGGACUCUGAUCAGGUCUGCAUCGCCUAGGAGGUCAGCAUCUCCUAUGCGAAGGGUCCAGAUAGGGCGAUCUGGAUCACGCCGGUCUACUGCUCUAACCAUUAAAAGCCUCAACUUUUUUCCUGCUAGAGAUAGAACAUUGUCAUAUAGAGACACAACAGUUAACAGUAGUGAAGAGGAGGGAUCUGAGCAACCCCCCAAAAAAACAGAUAGUAAUGUACAGAGAAUGAGUGUUCAAGAUGCAAUCAACCUUUUUGAAAGUAAACAAAGAGAUCAAAAUUCAGAUAGUCAGAAGAGGAGGUCAACUUUAGAUGCCCUUACUGGUCCAAAUAAAUCGGUACUAAGAAGAUGGAGUGCAGGUACAGGGGGAAGUUCCACCAAAUCAGAAACAGUUUCUGAGAAUUUUGUUACAAUGACUUCUGAUAAUUUAGAGGGUGUAGAUAUUUCAAGGAGCUCACAAGAAGAAAAACCGGAGCCUGAGUUAAUAUCUGGAGAUAACAAUCCUGUUGAGGCUGCUAAAGUAGAGACAACCUUGGACACUUCAGAAGAAAGGAUUUUUGAUCCAAUAGGUGAUCCAGCAGAGACUAUUGUAACCCAACAAGAGGAAAAUAAUGAAAAGUUAUUGGCCUCAGCUGAAUGGACUCGACAGAAGGAAAUGGAGCUGAAUCAGAUGCUGAAAAAAAUGAUGGAAAACAAGCCUGUCAAGUAUCGGACAACAGCACCCAAUAGUAAGAAAAAGCAAGAUGUUCUAAGCCAAGAUGUUUCACAGGAGCAGAGAGGGGGGUUUUAUGACCACUAUAAAGGAAAAAGGGAUGCAAAACUUCAGAGAGAGACGGCAGAAAAGCGAGCAGAGAGAGAAGCACAAUUUAAAGCAAUGCAGCAAAUUCUUGAUGCGAGAAAAGCUGAAAUGGCAUCUUCCAAUGUAAAAGAUUUUGGGAGGAGAAGUUCCCCAGCUAAGCCCCAAAAAUUACAGAAAAGUUUGCCUCAGUCUGCUAAUCCUAAGAAGGAAUCUUCAAAACCUGCCAUUGCAAAGAAAACUUUAUCGAAGGCACCACCUGCGCCUGCUCUGCGUAAGUCAUGGCCAUCAGCACCCUCACCAAGAGCCACUACUGGCAUUUCACCGGCUAGAACUCCUUGUGGAACCUCAUCUGCUGGCAUUACACCCACUCGUCGGAAACCCCAGACAGCACCAUCAGCUCCUCGGUCAAGCCCAAAGACGGAAAGAUCCUUGCAUGAGCUAAAAAAUGUCAAGGCUAGUCAGAAUGACAAUAGGAAG